CUGGGUGAGGAGCCCACUGCUAACGGAUGUGAUCAAGGCAAAGAUUUCCAUCUGGCUCCCGGGACUGAUGGUGAAAUUCCCAUGGGAUCGGAGCGGAUGGAAAUGCGCAAACGGCAGAUGUCUGUGGCCCAGGAGACACCAAGUUCCACACAGGCACAGCAUGGCAUUGGGAAUCGAGCUUCCAAUGCCUGCUGCUUUUGUUGGUGCUGUUGUUGCAGCUGCUCAUGUCUUACUGUUAGGAAUCAAGAUGAAGAGAGAGCAAGGAGGACAUCCCAUGAACUCAGAGCAGAGAGUAUUCCAAACUGUGAGGAGAGUCCCACUCCUACUCUUGAAGAAGUAAAUGCCUGGGCUCAGUCAUUUGACAAGUUAAUGAUCACUCCAGCGGGCAGAAAUGCUUUCCGGGAGUUCCUCCGAACAGAAUUCAGUGAAGAGAACAUGCUUUUCUGGAUGGCCUGUGAGGAGUUAAAGCAGGAAUCCAACAAGAGUGUCAUAGAAGAAAAAGCAAGGUUAAUCUAUGAAGAUUAUAUUUCUAUCCUUUCUCCAAAAGAGGUCAGCCUGGACUCCAGAGUAAGGGAAGUUAUCAACCGAAAUAUGCUGGAACCAUCACAACAUACUUUUGAUGAUGCACAGCUUCAGAUUUACACCUUAAUGCAUAGAGACUCCUACCCACGGUUUAUGAACUCUGCUAUUUAUAAGGACUUGCUUCAGUCCUUAUCUGAGAAAUCCAUCAAAGCAUAA